UUCGCAUUUGCGCUCUCCAUUAGUGAGGUGACAGGAUACUUCUCUGUCUCUCCAUAUUUUCUCUCUUUCUCGCUCUCCCUCUCUCUCUUCCUCAUUAGCUUCCUCUAACAGCAGGGAUGUAGUCCUCUGCCUCUUUCAAACUUCAGCACCUGCUAUGCUGUGAACUCCUUGGUGACCUCUAUUGAUUCUAUUGAGACCUUUUUUGUCUCUCGCUCCUUACUGAGAUAUUUUGCUCCACUUGUUUGAGAGGAUCUAAGAGGACCUUAUUGGGUUUGGAAGGUGUUUGAUUUCUCUCUAUACCCUGGUGGAACUACAGGACCAUGGCCAUGAAGGAGACCAUUCUGCCCAUCAGCGAGGUGUCUGGCCCGGCCCCGUUGCCCUACCCGGAGGUAGUGGAGCUCAACGUGGGCGGCCAGGUGUAUGUCACGAAGCGCUCCACCCUGGUCAGCGUGCCCGACACCACCCUGCACGCCAUGUUCACCCGGUGCCCGCCACGGGAGCUGCCAAGGGACAGCCGCGGGCGCUUCUUUAUUGACCGCGAUGGAUUCCUGUUCCGCUACGUGCUGGACUUCCUGCGAGACCGCCAGCUGGUGCUGCCCGACCACUUCCCUGAACGUGAGCGCCUGCAGAGGGAAGCCGAGCACUUCCAGCUGGGRGAACUGCUGCGCCUCCUGGGGCCCCGGGUGGGUUCCAAGCAGGGCUCCAUGAAUGAUGAAGGCUGCCACAGCGAUAUUGAGGAGAGCUCACAAAGCAGUGAGUACCCCACAGGUCGUACCUUGACUUCCUCGGACAAGAGGUCAGGGUUCAUCACCAUCGGCUACAGGGGAUCCUACACCACGGUGCGGGACAACCAAGCCGAUGCCAAGUUCCGACGCGUGGCCAGGAUCAUGGUGUGUGGACGCAUCGCUCUGGCCAAAGAGGUGUUUGGGGAAACACUGAACGAGAGCCGGGACCCAGACCGGCCACCGGAGAAGUACACGUCAAGGUUUUACCUCAAGUUCACCUACUUGGAGCAGGCAUUUGACCGGCUUUCUGAGGCGGGCUUUACAAUGGUGGCUUGUAAUUCCACGGGAACAGCCGCUUUUGUCAACCAGUACAGGGACGACAAAAUCUGGAGCAGCUAUACGGAGUACAUCUUCUUCAGGCCGGCAUCGAAGAUCGUCUCCCCCAAGCAGGACUGUGAGGAGCGCCAGAAGGACAAACUGGGCACCGACAAGGGCAGCGAGAGCGGKACCUCCCUCAACGAACUCUCCACCUCCAGCUCCGAGACCCACUCUGAGGCCACCUCGCCCCAGGACGGUCCCAACUUGGGUGGGGGAGGCGGCGGGGGAUCCUUGGCCCCCUGCGGAGCCCUCCAGUCUGUCUCUCGGCAGCCGAGCACCCUCACCCUUGGGCGGCCCUCCAAGAAGGGCUCGUCAGUGCAGUGGAUGCAGCUGCCAGAUAGGCGACGCAACAGCGAGCUCUUCCAGCCGCUGAUGGGGCGUGAGGGCGGCCUGAGCAGGAAGAAGAACACAGAGAGACCCAGCGCAGAGGAAGAGAUGAAGCAGUGCAUACAGGACUUUAACAACAUCAAAAUCCCACAGGCUUUCCCCGAGCGCAAGCGGCAGUGGCAGUCCGAACUACUCCAAAAGUAUGGUCUAUAGGGACCCUUUUCUAUCACCAUGCCACAUGCAGUAGUCAUUUUAAUUUGGAUUCCCUCCAUUUGGCUGGUUUUAAGUGCUAUGAUUCGAUCUAAAAUGUCUUCCAGUUCAAAUGAAGUUAAACGGAUCGUCAACAAACUGUUUUUGUGAGGGGAGGCACAAGGUUAGUAAGCACAUGCAUUUCUGGGGCAUAUGUUAAAAGAAGCACAGCAGAACUCCCCUUUACCGGUAUGUUGUCUCUUCAGUUCUAGAUUGCAUUGCAGAUUACGUUUGAAACAAUAUGCCUAUGUGAACAGUAUAUGACUACUGUACAUUUAGUGGCCAGUUUAUUAGGUACACCACCCCGUUCACAAAAAUGGUUCGCUCCUACAGACAGUAAGUCAGGUGGCUGUGGCAUGCUAUAUAAAGCAUGCAGACAUGCAAAGAGGCAUUCAGUUACUGUUCGACUGAAUGUUAGAAUGGGCAAAAUACAGUUGAAGUCGGAAGUUUACAUACGC